UCCUCAUUCCUUCACAGGUCUCGACUAUUGCAUAAUUUUGCAAUUUGCCGGGUUCCCAUAAGGACAAGCGCACCACUGUGGAAAUACUUUUACAGCCUAGGCGUGUGUGCUUGCAGAGGGUCUUUUUUCAUUCGUGGCGGCUCUCCCAGUAACUCCGUUAGCGCCCGGAAGCGGGACGUUUAUUGACAAUAUGGCGCCCCGGACAGCUGGUGAGAGGAGCGGAGCGUUUCGGGUUUGACCUGCGCAGCGAAACCCAAAGCCUGCACCCACGUCUGCCGCUGCGUGUUAUGAAUGAAGGGGGGACUCGGGAAUCCGCGACACCAUGUCCCUGAGCUGAGGAAGCGUUCGUGAAAGGCAACAUGUCGUUUUUUAGGCGGAGAGCUAAAGGGAAGGAACUCGAGAGAGCAGUUGAUGAUAAAGCAGGUAGAGCGCCGCCUCUGCCCAGCUCACCCGCCCGCGACCACCAUGCCGUCCUGGAGGCUGCAGGCCCAAGCCAUGUGGCCAUCAGCGCCAUCUCGGCCAACAUGGACUCGUUUGCACGCGGCCGCACGGCCAUCCUCAAGAAGCAGCCCAGCCACAUGGAGGCUGCCCACUUUGGGGACCUUGGGCGCUCAAGCGUGAACUACCAGGCGCAAGAGACGCGCUCGCGCCUCUCCAAGACAGUGGAACAGGUCCUGCGGGACAACGUGGCGCUGCCGUACUACCUACAGCUCCUGGAGGCGCGGGGCGCUGAGCACCUGGCCCGCUUCUGGCUGGAGGCCGAGAGCUUCCGCUCCACCAGCUGGUCCCGCGUGCGUGCGCACAGCCUCAACUCGGUCAAGCACAGCUCCCUGGCCGAGCCCGCUCCCGGCCCCGCCUCCCCGAAAUCGCCGGACUCACCCACGCCCUUCGGCACCUCCCCCUGGGCGGAGCCGGAGGACCCCUUCUUCUCCCAGACCCCCUCCGGGCCACUCACUCCCAGCCCCCAGGACACUAACUCCCACGGUGGGGGCGGGACCCCAGUUCGGGUGAACGUGCUCAGCCGACUGGCCUCCACAGGCUCCUCCUCCUCCUCCAGGGCGGGAACACCGGUCAAAAGCCAGCCGGCUGGGGCUCUCCGAGAGCUGUCUGACAAGCUCAUGAAGAGUAUAGAGAGAGACGCUGUCACCAUUUUCACUAAGUACGUAUCACCAGACGCUGCCAGGCCGAUCCCCAUAACCGAGCAGAUCCGCAAUGACAUCGUGGCUAAAAUCUGCGGGGAGGACGGACAGGUGGAUCCCAACUGCUUCGUCAUCGCACAGUCUGUGGUGUUCACCAUCAUGGAGCAGCAGCACUUUAGUGACUUUUUGCGGAGCCAUUAUUUUUGUAAGUACCAGAUCGAGGUGCUGACCAGCGGUUCCGUGUUCCUGGCAGAUAUCUUGUUCUGUGAGUCAGCUCUCUUCUACUUCUCAGAGUACAUGGAGAAGGAGGAUGCCGUGAACACGUUGCAGUUUUGGCUGGCGGCGGAUAACUUUCAGGCCCAGCUGGCUGCGAAGAAAGGCCAGUAUGACGGACAGGAAGCACAGAACGACGCCAUGAUCCUUUACGAUAAGUAUUUCUCACUCCAAGCCACCAACCCACUGGGCUUUGGCGACUCGGUCCGUAUGGAGAUCGAGUCCAACAUCUGUCGGGAAGGAGGCCCCCUGCCAGACUGCUUCACCACCCCUCUGCGCCAGGCCUGGACCACCAUGGAGAAGGUUUAUCUGCCGGGCUUCCUGUCCAGUAACCUGUACUACAAAUACUUGAGUGACCUGAUCAAUUCUGUACGUACGGACGAGUUCGUCGGGGGAAACUCCAGCGCACCCGGCCAGGGCACCACCUCAGACAGCGACCGUGGCUCCAACGCCUCAGAAGGGUCACAGACCCAGCAGGGCACCAAAAAAGUGGCUGUGAAAAUCCUGAAGAAUUUUGAUGAGGCAAUAACGGUGGACAUCUCCAGCCUGGACCCCGAGUCUCUGUACCAGAGGCCGUAUGCUGGAAGAAUGACUUUUGGGAAGGUCAACGAGCUGGGUCAGUUUAUCAGGGAGGCGGAGCCGGAACCGGAUGUCAAAAAAUCCAAGGGUUCCAUGUUUUCUCAAGCAAUGAAGAAAUGGGUGCAAGGAAACUCGGAUGAGGCUCAGGAGGAGAUGGCCUGGAAAAUUGCUAAAAUGAUAGUCAACGAUGUGAUGCAACAAGGAGAGCAUGAAAGCCCAGUAGCAAAGUCCACCAAGCUAUGACCCGGCGGUUUCGUGAAGAAACAAAUGCCAGCAACGCCGUUAACCUCUCACUCUGCUGGCCUCGACAUUCUGGAGAGCGACAGACACAGCGCCACCUAGAAACGACACUGCACACUGCGUUUCAAUCUAGAACAAGGCAUUCCUGCAUUUCCUUAAACCCCUUCAUAUCAUGGUGGGGGUGAGAAUCUCCCUGCACGCGUGUGUGCUUGUGCGUGCUGUGUGGGCGCGUAAGACAGGCAGAGGUGUGGAUUACAUGCACUAGAUGAAGAUGGGCUCAUGUGACCCACACUUUCGUUUCUAUUAUGAAGGCUUUUUUUGUUGUUGCUGUUUUAAACAUUUAAAGAGGAACCCAAACACAAGCUGAAGCCAAGGCCCCAAGCAUGUGGCGAUAUGCACGCACAAGAGAACACGCACCUCCCGAACAAAGCCCCCGAACAUCAGCGAAACAAGGCGCAUGCAAACUGCACCACUCCAGUCCAGGGAAACAGAAAUGACCCAGGACCUCUACGUCCCGCUGUUACCGUGGUGAACUGCAGGAAGUGCACAGGGACAUAAACAAUUGCUCAAGAAGUGACCGCAAAGCCACGUCAUGACAGUCACUCCGGCUCAUCCUCCCCUGUUCAUGUACCACGCUCACUCUCUCUUCACCUGCCUUAUCUUCCCCUCUCUUUCAUAUCUCUCUUCCUUCUUUUUCUUAUAGAAUUUUUUUUUUUUUCUUCAGUCUGGCAUUUUUUUUAAUAGCUCAUAGAUUUACCCUUGGCUAGGUACAGUUUUAGCCGCGGGCACGUUUGCUCCGCAGCGGUUCCCUGAGGGUUAAAGCAGACCACGGCAGUACAGUUGAAGCAGCAAGCUGCCUCCAUGAGAGGAGGUGCCUGAACAGCCUGACGCCUCAUUAAAAUGCGGACUGAAGGGACCACCCAUGAACUCCGAUUGGUCCAGAGGCCGACCGUGACGCCGCUCCUGCCCUCAACCCCUUCAGUAGCAGGAAGUCCCCGAGCACCCUGUCCAUGUGGACUCCGCUGUCCCACUCCGGCUGGGCACGAAUGCUAGUGCAGUUUUAUUCCCGCUAGCCUCCAGUCCACAAUGAUGUAGAUUUCUGGUUUACCCUCCAUAUAUUAAUGUAACUUCUUUUUUAUGGUGACUGUCUGUCUGUCUGUCUGUUUGUUUAUCUUCCUUUUUAGUUUUUGUAUGAGACGUCAACUCUGUCAAAGCAAAUUUCAGUAAUGCCUGUUCCAUGGGAAAAAUAUACACUCUGAACUUACUAGCAAUGAUAUUGCUUUGGACCUCAUUGAGAUGUGGACAAGAACCAGAAACAAAUAGACGUUUGGUACUAUGUACCACUAAUAUGUGUGCUUAAUCUAUAAUAUAUUUAAAUUGUGUUUGAUUUAAAUACAUACGGUAUAUUAUUGAAA